UUUUAAAAUGUGACGUAUAAUUUUAAUAACAUGGCUUGACGGUUGUCUUAGUCUACCAUGUAAUUGCUGUCUUGAGACGCUUAUACUCUAGUACUUACGAGGCUAAAAACCGCUGGGCUAGAUCAUUGAGUUGGCAUCAAAAUAGUAGCGAUUAUGUUCAUGUAAUUUCGUGCUUUUCUUUUGUGAACAUCUUCCCGUUUUUGUUUUUUUUCUUCAAAAUUCAAAGUAAUCGGCACAAUAUAUAGCGCCUUUUUAACAUGUACAGGCAUUCAUUGUUAGAGGGAACUAAUGCAAUUACCGGUACUUUAAAUUGAUUUUAUAUGUGAUGGACCCAAAAAUUCCUUACGAUGACUACCCACUUCCUGUGGUAUUUCUUCCCAAUUAUGAAAAUCCUCCUACGUGGAUCCCACCACAAGAGCGCAUUCACCAUCCAGACUACAAUAAUGAGUUGACACAAUUCCUGCCCCGCAACAUCUUGCUUAAAAAACCACCUGGUGCUCAGCUUGGGUUUAACAUCCGUGGUGGCAAGGCAUCCCAGCUUGGAAUCUUUAUUUCUAAGGUAGUUCCAGACUCUGAUGCACACAGAGCAGGGCUACAGGAAGGUGACCAGGUUCUCUCUGUAAACGAUGUGGACUUUCAGGAUAUUGAACAUUCUCGGGCCGUGGAGAUCCUAAAGACAGCUAGGGAGAUAGUGAUGAAAGUGAGAUUCUUUCCAUACAAUUACCAGCGUCAGAAGGAGAGGACUGUACACUAGAUGGCAGCAGAGAAACUUUAUUUGAACAUCCUGAGAAGGCUGAAGAUUUCUAAAGACGGGGAUUUAACACUUGAGUAACUUGGUGUAACCGUGAUCAUUACUACUGGAAUGAGUCAUGUCACUGAUUGUGGCUACGAGCAUACUUAUGAUAGCUGUAUGUCUAAAACACAAAACACUUUGCAUAAAUUAUAAUAUCUUAAAAACAGUAUUUAUGGGUAAUAUCAAAAAUGAAUCCACUCUGUCCUGUGCAGGCCUUUCUGGUAUAAUGUAUACAACAAGGAUUUGAGGGACAAGUUUUAAAAUAUUUUAGUAUAGUUCAGAUUUAAUGCUGACAUUUUAGAUUAUUGUAUUUAUUUAUUAUAAAGAGUAUUUUUCAGCAGAAAAUAUUUGGAGGGGUGGGAGGGGUUAAUUGGGGAGGUAAUAAUAUUUCUGGUACUUUGCUGACGUUUCUGUGCACAAAUGUGCCUUUUAGAUACUAUUGCUAUAUAUUCCUGUAGUUACGUGUGGCAGCUAAUCCCAUGCAUAUCAGCUAAGGGAUGUUAACACUGAAUUAAUGUACUUUUAUAAUCCUGUGGCUACUGCAUACUUUGUUUUAAUUUUUUCUGUAUUGAACUUGUUAAAGCUUCUGAGUUAAUAUUCAGGUCUUUCUUUGUUGCUGCAAAUGAUUUGGUUAGUGAAAGAUGGUGUGGAAUAUCUCUGGUGAUUAAUUAAAGUGGAAUGUGCCCACUUGAAGAUUAAUAGCCCUGAAGAACAUGGAAAAAAAAAGUCACAAUUUGGGCUCUCACAGCCACAAUUCUCUAAUGUUGCAGCUAUGCUUUUAUUUAGUUGUGCUUGGUAAGAGUGAUGGACGGACUGUCCAAAUUAUUUCCUCAUGGAAAUGGUAGAUUUCUUGAGGAAAUUUGAGGAAACUCUCACAUCUAAAUACUGUAUGUAAAAGGUGCAGACUACUGAGAUACCGACUGAACAUUGGGCAUUGCAACACAAGUAUUUCCACAACAGUAACUUUUAAGCUUUGGACCAGUUUCAUUGCAUUGUUUAACUCCCUUAUGCUGAGAUGCAUAAUGUAGUCAUGUUUUAAUUUUGAAUUGUUUUUAUUCUUAGUAUUAAUAAGACUUUGAAGUGGCUUUGAGCUCACUUUGUAUUUUAUUUAAAAAGAAACCAGGGCUGCUUAGAUUAUAUAGUCAUCCUUCCCAGAAAUACACUUGCUCAAAGCUGUAUUUGUUGUGUUUGAAUUCUGUAUGUUAAUAUUUUUUAAGUAAUUAAAUGCAGUCUGGGAUAGAUAAAUAUUUAAAAACUACUGUAUUUUAACAUUGUUACAACUGAAGUGGAACAUUUCCGUUGAAUAACAAAGGUUCUUCUUGAUGGUGCUUGAUACGUCCCGGUGUAGGGUUAGAGAUAGAGACUAGAUGUGGAAGUAUAUGUGGUUGUGGCAUACCACAAUUUAAUCAUUGUAAAAUACAGAAUGAUGCACUUUGUUAAACUGUAUUGGAUCACGAGUGAUUGUGCUUUUCACUGCAGAAUAAUAAACAACUAAAUGAUUUAUUAACUAUAA